AUGGUCUGGGAGGACUUUGGCAGCCCCAGCGAUGCUGUGAUCCUGCUGGACCGGACAUUACGGGGAAGCUUUCCUGGCACUCGUUACCGGCGGCGGCUGCCCCCGGGUCCCUGGCAGUGGCCCGACCGGGCCGGGCUGGGCGGAGUUCCGCGGGUAGCGGAAGGUGUCGGUGCCGCUGGCAGGUCCGUCCUGUCCUGUCCUGUCCGGCCCGCUCCGGCCUCACGGUCCCUCACGGUCCCUCACGGUCCCUCACGGUCACUGCCGGCCCCGCCCCCGCCUCCAUCCGGGCACUUCCGCUGCCCGCCAAAACCCCCGCGCGCGCGCGCUCCCGCAGCCCCGCCCCGCCGCUCGCCGCCCGCCAAUCACCGCACGGGAGGCGGAGCUCGCUCCCUGACCCCGCCCCCGUCGCUGACCAAUGGCGGCGCGGGGAGGGGGCGGUCCCGGCGCGUGCGCGCGCGGGGCGGGCGCGAGUCCCUGGCGACCGGGCGCGACACGGGGACAGCCGGACCCACGGACACGGCCGGACCCACGGACACGGCCCCCGCCAUGGAACACGGCCAGCAGGAGCAGGAGGAGCAGGAGCAGCGGGCUCAGGAGCCCUGGUUCUGGCUGGUAGCAGAGGUGGGCAGCAGCUGCUCCUGGGACACCAAGCCGGGCCUGAGCUGUGCCAGGAGGGACCUGUCGGAGCUGCCCACGCUGGAGGAAGGGCUGCUGCCCUCAGCAGAAGCUUCUGGAGCUACAGCCCCUGCCUCACCCCUGGAUGUCCAGGAGAGCAGAUUCUCGCCCUGCCUGCCCCUGCUGCUGAGCCCAGCCCUGGCUGAGACGUUCCUGCAGGGAUCCCAGAUGGAUUUCCUUCCCCUCAGAGGAGUCCCAGAUGUUUCUGGAGCAUCCCUGGAGCGUUCAGAGCCUGCCCACGUCCAUGGCAGUGCCUCCCUGAGGGGCCCAGCCCUUCCCAGCCCAUCCCAGCACUCCCAGCCCGUGGCACAGCAGGAUCCUGGAGCUGCUCCCCAGCCUGGGGAGCCCCUGGCCAGCCAGGGGGACAAUGGGGACAGUGGGGACAGUGGCACUGAGCAGGAGGCACCAGCCCCCCCAGGCAGGGGGGAUCCAGCACACCCAGCUCCAGAGGAGGGGCUGGGAAAGGGGCUGGGGCAGCCCUGGAGCACAGCUGGGAAGGAUGGACCAGCCUGUGGCCACUCCUCCCAGGACAGUGAUGGCCCAGCUGCUGGCUCUGAGCAGUCACAGGGGAACAAGGAGUCCCCAGGGCAGGAGCAAUCCUCCUCCUCCUCCUCAGGAAACUCCUCCUACAGAACUGCACUGACCAAAUUCUCAGAGAAAAGUGAAAGGGGGGUGCAGCAGGCAAAGGUGAAAGUGGCUGGCAGUGGAGCAGGAGCCCAGGAGAAGCUGGAGAAGGGAAAGAAGGUGCCUGAGCUUGGUUUGUCAGAUGACUUCACUGAUGGCCUGAGGACAGCCCAUGCCAGAACCUCGGGUGCUGAAGAUGUUCUUCGUGCAGCAGCCUCUGGGGCAGGCAGAGGAAGGCUGCAGGAGCCUGGGGGGCAGCCCAGGGGCUCCCAGGGGCUGCAGGGAGCUCUCCUGGGCCAUCAGCAGGAGCAGCCAGCAGGGAGGCUGGGGACAGAGGGGCUGGUCCCUGCUGGCACACCCAGCCAGCCCCAGGCCCCUGCCCCCUGCCCGGGGCAUUCCCCAGAGCCUGCAGGGAGCAGGGCUGAGCUGACUGGCUCUGACUGCUCCAUACAGAGGGGACACAAAGCCACAGAGAUCUCCCCUUCCUUCAGCCUGGGGGGUGAGGGCUCCUUCUCCCUGCUCCUGCCUCAUCCCAACUUCCAGUCCACUCCAGGGCUGUUCCUCAAGAGAACUGGGAAGGCAGAAGGACCUGGUGGAGGCCUGGUGAUGCUUUCAGACCUUGGGGCCUCUCCUUCCUGUUCCAGUGAAGAAGCCCCGGGGACAUCCCCUGCCCCUGGGGAGCAGCCCCCUCCCCAGAGUGCUGUGGAAGAGACCUGUGGGCAUUUGGAGUCCCUGAAGCUGGAAUCUCCCUGCCCUGGCAGGAUCCAGUCUUUCCCCUCGCUGGGCUUCCUGGAGAAGGUGGGAGCCUGGGACGUGGGCCAGCCCCAGCAGGGUCCUGCUGCCAGCAGCUCCCGUGUGCCAGGGGCAUCUCCUGCAAGGGAAGCCUGCAGUGCACCUCCCAGGCCCUCAGGCUGUGUCUCAGCAGUCCAGAGAAGCCCGGGAGGCCCCGAGGACAGUGGUGCUGGUGCCUGCAGGGGCACAGGCUCUCUGGGAAGCGUGCAUUUCCCCCGCAGUGCCCUGAGCAGGUCCCAGUCUGACAGCACCGUCAACGCUUCCAGCAGGAGCAGAGCCCCAAAGGGGGAGCACAGCCCUGCUCUGGGGGGCUCUGGCAGCUCCACCCCACGGAAGGUGCUGCCUGCAUCUCCUGCUGGAGAUGUGCAGAGCACCUGGAGGCGAGGCUCAGCCCCAGACGUGUUUGUGUCCAGUGCUGCUCAGCUCCUGCAGAAGGAUGGCAGCUCCCCAGCUGAGGAGCACCAGGACUGUGAGGAGAAGGGAAAUCAGUCCCUCAGCCUCAGUAUUCCCACUGGUCACGACAUCGUGGACAGCUUUGGAGCCGUUUCCUUGGAGAGUCUGAAUUUUCCUGUUGGUCCUGAGGAGCCUCAGGGGGCCCUGGUGGUGCCCAGGCCCUGCCCCAGUGCAGGAGGGAACAGCCCCAUCCCCCCUGGAGCAGCCCUGCAGACCCCCAAGAAAGAAGAGUUCAAUAUUGAAGAAAGGAUCCCGGUGUACCUGCGGAACCUGGGCAUCGAGCAGUCCCCUGGCACCAUCCUGGCCCCCUUUGUGCCCCGCGGGCCCCUCCGGGAGCUGGAGUUCUCGCCCUGGGGGCUCAGGAACCUGCAGCCCCCCCUGCACUCGGCCUCCCCAGCCAGGGUCCCCCCGCAGACCCAGGGUGCAUUGCUGCCAGCCUUUGAGAUGUCCCAGGCCAGCUUUGGCUCGGAUGUGUCCCCUCUGAGCGUGUCCCUCUCCGUGAGCUCCGAGGCUGGCUCGGAGCAGGACCAGGACCUGCUGUUCCCCCAGGAGCUCUUUGGGGAGCCCCCAGCCAGCCAGGGCAGUGUGCCAGGCCCCCAGCUGGAGGAGGCUGCCCCAGGUGGCACAGAGGGAUCCCUUGGAUGUGCUGGGGCAGAGCAGGACCUGCCCAGCUGCUCCUCGGGCAGGGGUCCCCGGGCUCGGGGUGCCCUUGCUGACCCAGAGUCCAGGAGCUCGGGCAGCAGCCAGCAGGGAUGGGCUCUGGGGGCUUUGUCCGGGCUGGGGAAUGACAUGGAAUUGGACAGGGCAUCCUCGAGCUCCGGGGUGGGAAGUGAGAGCAGCCAGGGCCAGGAAAGGGAAUCCCUGAUGGGCCCUGGAGCCCUGCAGGAGCUCCGGGAGCUGCUGGCACAGGCAGAGGGUCUCGCUGCCAGCUGGAGCCGUCCUGUGUGCCCCCCAGCCUCCUGCAGGGAGCCUGGGGAGGCUCCCCCGGGGCUGGCUGGGAGGGAGGAGGAUCCCAAGGAUGCCAGGUUAGGCCAGGAUUGGAUCCCAAAGCUGCAGAAGAGACUGUCGUGGGAUAAGGCUGUGACCCCGAGGGGUGUGCGGGGACAGGGGCUGGGCAUGCACCCUCUGGAAUCUGCCAGCUGCCCGCUGGAAUGGGGGCACCCUCUGGCUGUCAGCUACCAGCGCAGGGAAGGGCUGAGGGCUCUGGCCCGGGAGCCGAGGGCAGGGAAACCCGCGGGGAGGUCGGAGCCAGAAGGGAGCCCCAGCGUGGGCAGGAGCCAGGCUGCCCGUGUGGGGCUGGCACGGAGCGCUGCCAGCGGCCACCGGGGCACGGCCCCACAGCUGGGCCAUGCCCGUCCCCUGGAGCCCCUGGGCAGUGCCCCCGCCGGCCUGGGCGGCUCCCUGGGCUCCUGGAGCCAGGCCGGCUGGGCAGCGGGGACACGGGGCAGCGAGGACAGCAGCAGUGGGGAUUCCCUCAGUGCCCGGGUCAGGAGCCUCGUGGGGAGGGCUGGGCACUCCCGGCAGCCGGGCAGUGCCCCGGGGGCGGUGCAGAGCCUGCCCGGGGCUGUCCCGAGCCGGGCCGGAGCCACCCGGAGCCCGGCGGGCAGCAGCAGCAGCAGCAGCGGGGACUCGCUGGCCGCCCGUGUCCGCCGCCUCCUGGGCCCCGCCGCCCCCGGCAGCCCGGCCAGCCGCGUGCUGAGGAGCGCCGAGGAACAGGAGAGGAUCAUCCGAGCCUGGGUGAAGAUGAAACUGGCCAGCCAGUCCCAGGAGUUUGGGGCAGACUGGGAUGAAGAGCCCCAGCUCAGGAUGGAGGGAGUCGAGGCAGAGCUGCUCCCAAAGACCAGGGAACCUGCACCAGCCAAGGAUCCCUGGCUCUGUGGUUUGGAAGCAGCUUCUGAGCACCUGAGGAAGAAGGAGCAGGACCUGGAGGGUGUCCAGGCCCCCAGGUGUCCCAGGGACAGGCAUGGACAGCUCUCCAGGACUCGGGAGCUCCUCCAGCCCAGCUCCCCACCAGCAGCACCAUUCUCUAGAGCUGAUCCCUGGGAUUCCUCCCUGCUGAAGGACAUGCAGCUGAAACCUUGGGGUGCUGCUGACCUGCAGGAUGUGCAGCUGAAACCUUGGGGUGCUGCUGACCUGCAGGAUGUGCAGCUGAAGCCCUGGAACACUGCUGACCUGCAGGACGUGCAGCUGAAGCCCUGCAAUGCUGCUGAGCCACAGGAGAUGCAGCUGAAGCCCUGCAAUGUUGCUGACCUGCAGGACAUGCAGCUGAAACCUUGGGGUGCUGCUGACCUGCAGGAUGUGCAGCUGAAACCCUGCAAUACUGCUGAGCCACAGGAGAUGCAGCUGAAGCCCUGCAAUGCUGCUGAGCCACAGGAUGUGCAGCUGAAGCCCUGCAAUGCUGCUGAGCCACAGGAGAUGCAGCUGAAGCCCUGCAAUGCUGCUGACCUGCAGGACAUGCAGCUGAAGCCCUGCAAUGCUGCUGAGCCACAGGAGAUGCAGCUGAAGCCCUGCAGAACUACUGACCUGCAGGACGUGCAGCUGAAGCCCUGCAGAACUGCUGACCUGCAGGACGUGAAGCUGAAGCCCUGGAACACUGCUGAGCUGCAGGAUGUGCAGCUGAAGCCCUGCAAUGCUGCUGACCUGCAGGAGAUGCAGCUGAAGCCCUGCAAUGCUGCUGACCUGCAGGAGAUGCAGCUGAAACCUUGGGGUGCUGCUGACCUGCAGGAUGUGCAGCUGAAACCCUUCAGUGCUCCUGACCUGCAGGAUGUGCAGCGGAAACCUUGGGGUGCUGCUGACCUGCAGGACGUGCAGCUGAAGCCCUGCAAUGCUGCUGACCUGCAGGAGAUGCAGCUGAAGCACUGCAAUGCUGCUGAGCCACAGGACGUGCAGCUGAAGCCCUGCAAUGCUGCUGACCUGCAGGACAUGCAGCUGAAGCCCUGCAGCACUGCUGAGCUGCAAGUGCACAACCAGCCCCCGGCUGUGGAGCACCCCAGUGCCAUGGCAGAGCUCUGUGCCCCUCUGGCACAGGACCCCCGUGCAGGGAGCCCUGCAGCUGCCCCCCCUGCCCACGGGGAGCUGGGCAAGCCGAGCACCUCCAUCAGCCUGUGCCCCCAGAGCCUGGCACGCAGCCCCAGCCUGGCCAGCAUCCUGCCUGGGGAGCAGAGGCCGGGCACAGAGCCCUGGCACAGAACUGUCAGACAGGGCUGUUCCCCCUGCCCCACGCUGGCUGGCACUGGGGGUGCUGCUGAGGUUCCUCCUGCCCCUGCUGCCAGGGCUGCAGCUGCAGCUCCUCAGGAAACAGCCCAGCAGCCUGGGAGCAUCCAGGCUGGGAAAAGACAGACCCUGAGUGCCAAGCAGCCCCAGGUCCUGCCUGCAGCUGUGGCUGAGGGGCACAGUGACAGUGCCAGGGCCAGGGGGCUCAGCCAGGAAAUGAAGCCAUCCAUUGAACCCUCCCCUCUGAGCCCAUCCCAGCCGGAGGAGAUCCCACCUGGCCACACCCAGCUCCAGGAGAGCUCAGAGGGCCCAGGAGCAGCUGCACAAAGGGCUUUGCUGAAGGGCCCCAGUGAGGUGUUGGCAGAGGGGAGGAAAAGCCCUGAUGAGCCACCUCUGGUUCCAGAAGAGGCUGUGAGGGAGGAGAUGGGUCCUGCUCACCCUGUACCUGCAGAUGAGGCUUUAUCCACCACACCUGAGGCUCCCUCAUCACCAGUGAAGAGAUUCCUGAGCUGUGUGCACAUCACCCUCUCCUCCAGGGUCCAUCACCCCAGUGCCAGCAGUGCUGGGAACGGGAUCAAGGUGUGGGACAAACCUCCAGGGAAGGCUCAGGCAGUGCCUGUACAAGCAGCUCCAGAAGCUUCAGUGGAAGGUGUUCCUAGAUGCCCUCCUGCUGAUGGUAUUCCCAGCUCAGCUGAGCCAGUGGCCCCAGCAGAUCCCAGCCGGGUGCCUUCCCCCAGGCAGGAGCUGCUGCUGCAGGGCAGGGCCAGAGCCCAGCUCCAGGGCUCGAGGGCUCGGGGUGCACAGGGCAUCCCCAGCUCUGCCCCUCCUGCCAAACCUGGCACAAGGACCUCUGAUGCUGCCACCCAGAUCACCACGGAAAGUCCGACGAAAGCCACGUUCUCAGCAGAGAUCUGUGUGGAUCCCCAGGAGGGGGGCAGUGCUGCCCUGCAGCCCUCGCUCCCCAGCGCCCCUGCAGCUCCUGGGAUUGCAGCUCCACCCCACAAGGAGGUUCCCCCCUUCCCAAGGCAGCCUGCCCAGCCCCUGCUGCUGCCCUACAAGCCCUCAGGAAGCUCUGGCAUGUAUUAUGUGCCUUUCCAGAAAGCAGGAGCCAGCGUGGAGCCCGAGGCCAGCACAGCCAGCUCCCACUCAGGCUCCGAGGAUGCUCCUGCUCCAGGGGUCCUGGCCCGAGUGCGGGGUGUGGGGGAUCAGCCCCCUCCAGGCAGGGCAGCUGCCCAGCACCGAGGGACAGGCCAUGGUCACAGGCCUAAGCUGGCCUGGGCUGAGGAGCACAGGACACCUCUGGAACAGUCUUCAGAGCUCCCGGAUGGCUGCCAGCAUGUAGAACCCCCCCGUGGUGUCCUUGAGCCCCGCGCCAUGCCCGCCAGGCAGAGCUGCUGCCAGCAUGCCAGGGAGCCCUCCAGGGCCAGGGCUGGAGCUGGACACGCUGCCCCCUCCUCGGGGGCUGCCCCCCAGGGCACAGCUGGGCAGUUCUUUGCCCUCCCUGCCGAGGCUGAUGACAGCAGGAGCGAGGAGCUGAGUGCCAGGGCAUCCUUUGGGCAUGGGGCAGCUGGCACUGAUCCUGCACCACGGGGCCGAACUGCUCACCUGCAGGACAGCGUGGGGAAGGCACCACGGCAGAGAGGCCACGCCAGGGGCAGCCUGGACGAGCUGUGGCUGAGGUUCCUGGAGCGCCAGGGCACACAGCAGCAGCUCAGGAGGAACGGAGAGCUGUCCCUGGUGGAGCGCCUGGAUCGGCUGGCCAGGCUCCUGCAGAAUCCCAUCAGGCACACCCUGGCACCCACAGCUGCUGGGGAGAAGGCUCCUGAGCAGGGAAGGGAGCAGCCAGAAGUUGGGCUGGCAGGAAAGGCCAGGUCUGGGAGCAGCACGGAGCUGAAGGAGGCACGAGUGGGACAGAGGCCACGUGUGAGCCAUGGCAGCAGCAGCCCGGGGGAGCUCAGGGCAGCCAGGCCGGGGCAGAAGGUGAUCCAGCACCUGAGCAGGAUCCUGGAGGAGCAGCAGCACCUGGGCAUCCUGAGUGACAGCUCCUCAGAGACCAGGCUGAGCGGAGAGCCCAGCAGCUGCAGCACCUCGGCGUGGGACACGGGGACAGUGCUGGACACCUCCCCUGCCUCCGGGGACAGCAGCUCCCUGUCCCUGUCCACCAUCGACACGGCCAGGCUGCUCCGGGCCUUCGGGCAGCACAGGCUGGCCCCAGGCACUGACACCCCGAGCCCGGCCCCAGAGCUGUCCCCAGAGCUGUCCCCAAGGCUGGCCCGGCUCUACCGUGCCAUCAGCCAGCAGAAGAGGCGCUCUGAGAAGUGGCACGAGCAGAGUGGAGGAGCAGGGGCUGAGGAAUGUCCCCAGGGGGCUGCUCAGAGCCUCGGGAAGGGCCAGCAGAGCCAGAGCCCCAUGCCCUUCUCAGAUUCCAGCUGUGCCAGCAGCAGCUCCUGGGGGCCCAGCUGUGCCCUGAGCCACAAGCGACGGGCACGGAUGCUGAACAAAGGGAUCCAGGCAGGGGACCUGGAGAUCGUCAGCAGUGCCACCAAGAGGAACACCCGGGACGUUGGGGUCACCUUCCCCACGCCCAGGAGCAGCCAGCAGCUGUGGGAGCCCCCGGGGCAGGGCUGGGGCACAGCCUGGCAGCAGCCCCGGGCACAGCCGGGCAGGCUCCUGACAGACACACGGACCAGGAGGAGCAGGCUGCACUUCCAGCAAGGAACUGCGUGGCUUGUCCCAGCAGAGGACUUGGAAUGUGAGUCGAGGAAAGAAAACCAGUGCAGUGCCAGUCCUGGCCCUGGGCCAGCCUGGUUUGAGCCCUGGAGCAGGACAAAGCCCUGGAGAGAGCCCCUGAGGGAGAAGAACUGGGAGGAGCAGCCCAGCCUGGGCCAGGGAGCAGUGAGAGCCACGGGGGCUGGCAGGGGGCUGAGGCAGCCCCUGGGCAAGCUCACACUGCAGGAGGCCCUGGCCCUGCACCGCCCCGACUUCAUCUCGCGCUCGGGGCAGCGCCUGCGGCACCUGCGGCUGCUCCGCGAGCAGAGGAGGCUGCACACCUCCCAGAGGGAAAGGCCCCUGCCUCCCCAGAGGGAAACGCUGCUGCCUCCCCAGAGGGAAACGCUGCUGCCUCCCCAGAGGGAAACGCUGCUGCCACCCCAGAGGGAGCAGCCCCUGCCACCCCAGCAGCUGUUGCAGCCUGCAGGGAGGAGGAAGGAGCGCAGGACUGCAAAUCACCUGGUGUCCAACCGAGGUUUCCUGAUGAGAGAAAAAAGAAGAGCAAUUCCCAAGCAUGAAAUGUUUCAAAGAUCUAAAAGGAUGUACGAGCAGCUCCCCGAGGUGAGGAGGAAGAGGGAGGAGGAGCAGAGGAGGCAGGAGUACAGCUCCUACCGCCUGAGGGCUCAGCUCUACAAAACUAAGAUCACCAGCCGUGUCCUGGGGAAGAAGGUGUCCUGGAGCUGACCUCAGCCCUGGCACAGGGAGAAGGCACUCAAUGCUUCUGCAGCCCCACUCUGUGCUCUCGGCUCCCUUCUGUGCUCUCUGGUCCUGCCCCACCUAAGAAUCAGGGAUUUGGGGGAGUGUCAGGGUUUUAAAUAAAUAGCUGGGCUUUUAUAGUGGUGUUAGGCACUUCCAGAGGAAACACAGGCUGGAAAAACUUGGUUCAUAACAUAUUUAUAACUCCCUGAUUGGAAUAGCAGUUUUAUAUAUUUAUUUUCAAUGGGUUUUAACAAGGAUUUUUAAAUUUUUUUAAAUUCCUGUCUCAGUGUAGAAAAUUGACUUGUUAUGUUUUGUACUUCAAUAAAACAGCAGAGUUGUAAUAA